AUCUGUCUUCUAAUUCCGUUAUAUCACAGGACUAGGACUUCGAUGAACGAAUAUCUCGGAGUGCGAUAUAGCGACAAGGCUUUCGGAGAUGUUUUCGGUCUUACCGGAAUCAUCCUCAUAUUCGCUCUCUCCAAUUCCUCAUUCGGCGUGGUUCGCAAACAUCUAGACUCUAUUAAUCAUCUUAGAUAGGAGAUCAUAUUGGAGAAGCGUUUGUGUCCUUCCCUAUUUUGAUAGGACAACAAGGAUUUGCACAAAUGGAAAGCCAGUAGCAUACGGGAUCUGAGUAACACAACGCAUGCUGGCGUGUUCAAUCGCUCUCAACUGGACGCCAUUAUGUAGACGCUUACUCAUUACCACAUACACGCUAUGCAUGAGCUUUAUACUAGUGCGAAUGCCUUCACGAAGUAUAGGGGAGGGUAAAAGUCCCGCAUCAUGGUUGGGAUAUAAAGACGUCGAGAUGGCGAACAUCAUGAAGGUGUUUGUCCAUCAGCAUUCGCAUCAGCAACUCGCAUCAGUAUCAACAAUCAAAACAUCUCAGUUAACUUACCAAAGACCUCCCUAUUGUAUACCAGGACCCCCAAACAUACCUAGGCAAACUUCAAACGUAAACCGACUCUCUUACAAUUCCGACUUUCAGAACACCAUCUGCACAUACCUACAUCAUGAGCAAUCAAGUUGACUCAGUUGAACCGUUCGACUUUAUCAUCGUUGGAGGAGGCACUGCCGGUUGCGCCGUCGCCGGCCGUCUAGCCGAGUCACCCAAGGUCCGUGUCCUGGUUAUCGAGGCCGGCAUUGGUAAUCCGGGAGACAUCGACGCCAUCACGACGCCCGCUCGAGCAUUCGAGCUGCGUGACAGUAAGUAUGACUGGGCCUACAAGACCACCAUGAUCGACCGCCCUGAGUAUACACGUGUUGAGAAACCGAAUACUCGAGGUAAGACCCUGGGUGGUUCCAGUUGUCUCAACUAUUACACAUGGAUCCCGGGUUCUGCCGGAACCUUCGACGACUGGGCGCCGUAUGGCGGCGAUGAGUGGAAGUGGGACAACAUCCGGAAGUACUUGUACAAGCCGGCCACCUACCAUGACGACAAAGGUCUCUUCAGCGAAGAGCUGAAGUACAUCGGCACCAACGGUCCUGUCCCCGUAUCUCAUUCUGAUCUCAUACCUGAGAUUCAACCCUUUCGAGAUGCCCUGACAAAAGCCUGGGUAAGCAAAGGAGGGAAGCUGACUGACGAUGUCCACAACGGCACCAUGCGCGGCCUGUGGAAAUGCACCAACAGCAUUUACAAUGGCAAGCGUUCUUCAAGUUGGAUGUAUCUCGAGGGCAAGCCGAACGUUACCGUGCUCUCAGGUACUAAUUCCAAGCGCUUGCUCAUCGACCCCACCACGAAGAAGUGCACCGGUGUAGAAGCCAUUCUACCAACAGGUGAGACGCACAUCUUCAAGUCAAAGUACGAGACAAUCGUUUCGUCUGGUGUCUUCGAAAGCCCUAAGUUACUUCUGCUGAGCGGAAUCGGGCCUAAAGCCGCUCUCGCUAAGUUCAACAUCGAGACUCUCGUCGACUCAGCCCACGUAGGUCAAAACCUACUAGACCACCCCAUCCUCCCACACGUCUUCCGCCUCGAAGACGGAACCGGCUUAGAUCAUCACCUUCUAAGAGCUGGCCUUGAGCACGACGCGGCCAUCAGCGCCUACCGAUGGAAGAACCAAGGGCCCUACACCUCGGGUCUUCUCGAACUAGUCGGCCUUCCACGUAUCGAUGAGCGUCUAAGCAAGUAUCCGGAAUACCUCGCCGCCAAAGCCGCAAACGGUGGUCUCGACCCAUUCGGACCAGCCGGGCAGCCGCACUUCGAAAUCGACUUCGUGCCGAUGUUUAGCGACGCCUUCCAAUGGCACAUCCCGACUCCGCCGACGGGAGACUACCUAACCGUGAUCGUAGACCUGCUGCGCCCACAGAGCAAAUCCGGCACCGUGGAGCUGAACAGCACAGACCCGCUCGAGCAGCCGAAGAUCAACAUCAACUUCUUCAAAGACGACCUCGACAUCCUCGCCAUGCGCGAGGGAAUUCGUUGGGUCGACGACGUGCUGAUGACUGGUGACGGCAUGCGCGAUAUGAUCCAUGAAGACUACCCUUGGCCUAUGCCCCGGACUUCUGAUGCGGCGAUGGACAAACUGAUCCUCGAGCGCUCGCAGACGGGGUUUCACCCUUGCGGCACGACGCGCAUGGCGAAGAGUGUUGAGGAGGGUGUUGUUGAUGGGAAGCUUAAGGUCUUCGGUGUUGAUAAGUUGCGUGUCAUUGAUGCGUCUGUCAUCCCGGUGAUUCCCGAUUGCAGGAUUCAGAACGCGGUUUAUGCGGUUGCUGAGAAGGGCGCCGAUAUGAUUAAGGCUGAAUACCCAGAGUUAUUUGCGUAAGCUUUGACAGGAUUUCACAUGUUAGCAAUGAGGUAUGGCUCGCGGGUAUAUUGAAUGACGUUUCUGGCCUCGUUGUUAUCCGAAGGAUGGUUGGUGAAGGUGAUGAGAUGGGGCUAAAGGUUUGGGAGAUUUCGGGAGGGUUAUGAGUCUAGCCAGCCACUUCGAUUUACGGAAUAUUUCAAAUUAAUUCCUUUAACCACAUUCACUCUAUGCCUAAUCGAAUACUAAGAACAAGUUGGAACUGUUUAAUGACAUUUGGAAACUCCAUUAGUCCGGGAUAUACUUGCC